AUGAAAGCUCUUUCACUCCUCGGAUUGGCAACCCUGCCAUCCGCCAUCGCAUUGAACAUCCCGGUUCAGCAAAUCCUCUUCCCCGAGGCAGAUACAACACCCCGCAAUGCAGCCGUGAAGCCCUCUGCUCGCGAGACCUGUCCGCAGGCACAGAAGCUCGCUGCUCCGAAUGACGGCUUACACCCAGCAUUGACUUUCCUAGAAGAUGGUGCAUUCCGAGCUCGUCAGGCAAAGCGACUUUCCCAAGCCGUGCGAGUCCCAACAACAGUCGGCGAUUUCGCGGAGGACCCAUACGACGAGGCUUUUGCGCCUUUCGUAGAAUUCCAAACCUUGCUGAAGAAGUUGUUCCCUCUCGUGCACUCCCAAGCCGAGGUUGAGCACAUCAACCGCCUCGGUUUAGUCUUCACCUUCAAAGGCGCAGAUACAACCCGCAAGCCAAUCCUUUUCAUGGCCCACCAAGACGUAGUUCCAAUCGAUGACCCAUCUGACUGGACAUAUCCACCCUUCGAUGGUGUUUUUGACGGCGAAUGGAUCUGGGGCCGCGGCUCAAGCGACUGCAAGAACGUCCUUAUUGGCCUCAUGUCAACAUUGGAGGACCUUCUCUCCCAAGAUUGGAGCCCGCAGCGCACUAUCGUCUUCGCCUUCGGCUACGACGAGGAAUCACACGGCUGGCUAGGCGCGGGAUCAAUCGCCCCCGCUCUGGAAGAGAAAUACGGCAAAGACAGCUUCGAGUUCAUUCUCGAUGAAGGCGGCAUGGGACUCCAGAGUCUCGGCUCAGUCGGUGCUGAGUCAAACAGCGGCGAGGUCUUAUAUGCGCUUCCCGGCGUUGGAGAGAAGGGUAGUAUAGACCUAGUACUUGAGCUUGCUGUACCAGGCGGCCACAGCUCCGUACCACCUCCUCACACUGGCAUCGGUAUUAUGGCAGAGAUUCUGUAUGAGCUUGAGCGACAAGAACUUUUCAGUGCAUCGUUGGAUGAAUCGCACCCCUCAUUUGGGACGCUUGGGUGUCAGGCACGGUACUCAUCUGAGAGUGUUGAGCCCUGGUUAGCUGAGAAGCUUGCCGCGGGUGAUGCGGCAGACUUAGCUGAGUCCGUUGCAGAGUCUCGUGGUGAUAAGAUUCGAUAUACUUUACAGACGUCGCAGGCUGCUGAUCUGAUUCAUGGAGGUGUGAAGACAAAUGCGCUCCCAGAGAAGAUCUCAGCCGUUGUCAACUACCGAGUGGCCCUGCACCAAACGCCUGAUUUGGUCCAGGAACGUGCUGUGCGCAUCAUUGCCCCCAUUGCUGACCGCCACAAUGUCUCGCUGUCGGUUCAUUUCCCUGGAGCUUCGUUUAGCGGCGAAGAGGAGGGUGGUGACCGUACACUCAGCCUGUCACCGUUGAGCGAUCCUCUUGUCCCAGCGCCUAUCUCUCCAACUGAUCCGCUGACAUCCAAGGUCUGGGCUCGGUUCUCUGGUGUAACUCGAAGUGUUUUCGAGUCGCAUCCUAACCCGCUUGCCAAGUCAGAUGCAGAGGCUUCAUCAACUCCAACUGUUGUUGUCACUGGGGAUGUCAUGACUGGGAACACUGACACGCGCUUUUACUGGUCUCUGUCGGAGAACAUUUACAGGUGGAGUCCAUCCCGGGUUGGUGGGACGUUCAACAUCCACACCGUUGAUGAGCGUAUUCAUUUGGAUGUUCAUUUGGAGGGCAUGAUGCUUUACUAUGGGGGUUUUCUAACGAAUAUUCUGCUAGAUCUGAUUCGUUCUUUUGAUGGAUGGGAUGAAAGUUCCCAGUAA